CAUGCAGCGACAAAACAGGUCGGUGUGUGGUAACACGAUUAUGGGUGGGGGUAAAAUCGUGAUUAUUUUUUUGAAAUAUUUUGUCGUUUUUGCCUGCUCGAUGAUAACCGUCAACGCUGUUAUCUAUGUACGAAUUAUUGGGUGAUAAAAAAUGUAAUCCUUUAAUCUUUAAAAAUCAUUCUUCAACUCCACGUCCACAUUAAUUGAUCGAGUAUCAAGUCACAUUUUCGUAAACUUGUUUUUGCCCUCACGACGUCCCGUUUUGGCGCCUCCAGCAUUGUGGCAAAAAUCGGAACUGGCAGCUGGAAUUUUCAAGGCUCCAUCCAAAAAUAGAACAACACCCUGGCAGGAAAAUCGCUUUUCCGUCGUAUUUCGGCGAAAUCUGACGUCGGUUGACGAUUUCCUGCACCCGGCAGCUCUGGAUCGCAUCACCAAAUCAUCUUCAUUCAAGAAUUAACCCGAGAAUUUUCAUCAACCACCUCCAGCUCCGUGAUGAUGGAUCCAGAUAAUCAUCACAUAACACUGAGACUUCUUUUGAAGAUUUAGUGUCCAUUCCAGCUGUAAGCCUUCAUCAGGGAGUUAACAUAAUCAUUUGGAAUAAAAAUAAUUGAAGGAACAAUUAUCUCUACGAGCAUAUCACCAUGAGCAACGCUGGUCCAUGGCUGGCCAGGGUCAGGAUGAGCCGAGCAGUGGCCCUGGUUUUACUCCUGAUAGGAAUCUUGACUGUGGCCACACACUUUUAUCUUCCAAAAUUUGAAAGCACCGGAAUCCAUCGAUCAAGGCUAAAACUAGAGGCACUCGAAGAUCUCGGUAGCUUGAAAGCAGCUGACCUUAAAUUUCGAAUAGAAGAAAUGCUGCAGAUCAAAGGUUCAGUGAGCCUUGAGCUACGGGAUCUUGAAGGAAGACGACAUGCACUUCAGGCAGAAGUAGGAAAUUACAAUCAGAAAAUAGAGGACCUGAAACUGGAGCUGUCAAAGCAGCAAACAGAACUCGAAAGAUUAAAAAUUUCUGUCGAACAAGCACAAGUUGCUCAGCAGGAGGCCAUAGAAAGGAACAGUCCUGAGGUGGCAAUGCCAAAACGCCUAUUUCCUCCUCGGUCGGCACUCUCCGAGAUUUUGCCAAUGCCAUCUGCACAAGAAUCCUCUAUCUGCAGGAUGAAUCUCUGCUUUGAUUACUCUCUCUGUGCGCUUACGUCUGGCUUUCCAAUAUACCUGUACGACCCUGAAGUAUUUGAGUAUCUUGAGACGGACUCCUUUCUACGCACACAUCUGGCGCAAACCUUUGGGUACAACCCACACAUCAACCAAGACCCAUCACGGGCAUGCAUUUUCAUUGCUCUAGUAGGGAAUGUGACAAAAGAGAAUCUAGAGACAGCUCUACCCAAACUUCCGUACUGGAGGGUUGAUGGGCGAAAUCACUUAUUACUCCACGUCACAAGGGGCCCCUAUGGUGGACCACCCCUGUCAAAGAUCAACGUAGGAAGAGCCAUGAUAGCCCAGAGCACAGCCAUUGAAGGGAUAUUUCGACCUAAAUUUGAUCUGAUCAUUCCACCUGCCAUGGGGCCUCCUGGAGGUGACAUUUGGCAGGAAUAUUCAUUAAUGGUUCCUGCCAGGAGGCGCCUCUUGAUGUCCUUCCAAGGCCAGCUUGCAUCUGGAGCUCCUAAGGAAGAGCUAGACAAAUUUGUUGUGGCUCAGCUUCAAUCUUUAUUAAAUACGAAAGCAACGGACAAAUUUAUUUUGGAUUUUGUGUGCCCGGAACAGUACCCAGCUUCAACAACAAUCCAGGCCGUUGGUGGCGAGUGGAUGCCUUGUGGAACCGAGUCGAGCCGAGCAACAAUUUUGAAAUCCUCCACAUUUUCCCUAAUUCUGGCACCAACAGAUGUGGCAGUCUCGUCCACGCCUCUGAUUUUGUCUCGACUUGUAGAAAGUUUGAAAUCCGGAGCAGUGCCAGUUUUAUUGGGUGAUCACUUGCAAUUACCUUUCUCAGAGACAUUAAUGUGGAAAAAAGCUGUUCUGCAUUUACCAAAAGCUCGAGUGACGGAGCUUCACCUUGUUCUUCGUGCCAUACCAGACUCGGACCUGCUUACCAUGAGGAGGCAGGGUCGACUUUUUUGGGAGCGCUACAUGGGCUCCGUUCAAGCUCUCACAGAUACUGUGGUUGCUGCUCUGCGUGAUAGACUUCUCAUUCCGCCCCUGCCAGCUGAGCAAGAGUCAUCGCCCUCUGUUUUCAAUUCAUCUUUUGUGCCAUUAAAAAUGGACAACGUAGUACCUGAGACCGAGGCUGAAGAGAGUCUUGGUCCUAUUGAACCCCCAUAUCCCUCUCCUCAAUAUAGGAGAAAUUAUUCGCUAUUCUUGACACAAGGUUUUGAAAUGUGGAAUGACUGGGGUGAUCCAUUUCACUUAUACCCACAGUUACCAUACGAUCCGUUGCUGCCAUCGGAAGCAAAAUUCCUUGGCUCAGGACUUGGAUUUCGUCCAAUCGGCCAUGGAGCUGGAGGCUCUGGCCGUGAAUUUUCAGAGGCUCUUGGUGGAAAUGUGGCCAGAGAGCAAUAUACAGUUGUGAUGUUGACCUACGAAAGGGAGCAGGUGCUUUUGGCAUCAAUAGCCAGAUUAGUUGGUUUGCCAUACUUAAAUAAAGUAGUGGUCGUGUGGAACUCGCCAAAACCUCCAGCUGAAGAUCUGAGAUGGCCCGAUAUUGGUGUUCCCGUUCAGGUUAUCAAAGCUGGAAGAAACAGCCUGAACAAUAGAUUCCUGCCAUACGACGCAAUAGAGACUGAAGCCAUUUUAUCUGUUGACGAUGACGCUCACUUGCGUCCUGAUGAAAUCCUGUUUGGAUUUAGAGUUUGGAGAGAGCAACGAGACCGACUUGUUGGUUUUCCUGGACGGUAUCACGCUUGGGACUUAGAGCACAACUCUUGGAAUUACAAUUCUAACUACUCCUGUGAACUUUCUAUGGUCUUGACAGGAGCUGCAUUUUUCCAUAAAUAUUAUGCCUAUUUGUACAGUUAUUGGAUGCCUCAAGCAAUUAGAGAAAAGGUCGAUGAAUAUAUGAACUGUGAAGAUAUUGCCAUGAAUUUCCUUGUUUCCCAUAUUACAAGGAAGCCCCCAGUAAAAGUGACUUCGAGAUGGACCUUUCGAUGUCCUGGAUGUCCAGUUUCACUAUCUGAGGACAAUACUCACUUUCAAGAGCGCCAUAAAUGCAUCAAUUUCUUCAGUGAGGUGUACGGAUACAUGCCUCUUCUCAACACGCAAUUCCGAGCAGAUUCAAUUCUAUUCAAGACAAGAAUUCCUCAUGACAAGCAAAAGUGUUUCAAGUUCAUUUAAAAAAGCAAAUAUUUUUUUGGACGCCUUCAUGUGCCAAUAGUGUUUUUGUGCGGUUGAUAUAAAGUUGCAUUAAGAAUCUGCUGAUCUCAACCUUACAUGUUGACCCGUUUUAAAUUAAGGAAGUCUAAGCCAAUGCAAAUAAGUGCAGCUCGCAAUGUGAUUUUAUUGCAAUAACUUUUAAUCAAUUAUUUGUUACCACCUUUAAAAUUCUAGACAUAAUAGUUUUAAAAUGGAUAAAAGUUUUUAAAUUGUUACUGCCAUCAGAAGCGUAUUGCUUAAUUUUUUAUUUUUAAUAUUUUUAGCUACUGAAAUAUAAAUUUUGGUCAUUCCUUUUUGUUGGAAGCCCAAAUAAUUAUGUCCAUUGUGCUAUUGUAACAAAAACCAUUUCAUCAACAACGCAUUUUUAUGUUAUGAGUUAUGAUCAACAGUGACCACAGUUCAUCUUUUCGCUUUAUCAAAUAAACAGGGAUAUUAUAGUAAAAUACUUACAAAAAAAGCUAGUUU